AUGUUCUCACGGGAAGAUGCUAUUCGUGAUCCUCAGUACGGAACUUUCGAAUGGAUCCUGGAAGCGGACGACCAUGACGGGCAAUACACAAGUAGCAACAGCAGCAACGGCAAUGAAGGGGCCGAUGGCGAGGACGUCGCUGAAGACCACAUUGGCUGGGAGGAUGUUGAUGACGAGGACGUCGACGAGGAAAGCUCUGAUGAGGAAAGCUCUGAUGAGGAUGACUGCUAUCAAAAUGAGUACUAUGAGCAGAAAGCAGAAGCAAGGUCUACGCUUUUACGGUGGCUCUCAUCCGGACAUGGCCUCCUGCACAUCUCUCUCAAAGCCGGCUCUGGAAAGUCAACACUCAUGAAACUUAUCGCUGGUCAUUCUACCACUCGCCGAGAGCUAGAAAGGUGGUCCGGAGAGAGGACCCUCGUUGUCUCACACUUCUUUGCUUGGAGAGCUGGAGAUGCUAUGCAACAGUCGCUGCACGGUCUCUAUCGGUCCAUCUUGUUCUCAGUUCUUGCAAACUGUCCAAGUUUGAUUCGAGAUGUCUUUCCGACAGCGUGCCAAGUAUUUGACACUACCACCUUUGAACCACACAUCGACGAGCCCUACUUUCGAUUCCCCGCCAAGUUGCAAGAAGGGUUUCAGAAUCUCAUCGAGGUGUCUGUUCCACGCAACACUUGCUUUUGCUUCAUGAUCGACGGCUUGGAUGAGUUCAAACACGACCCUGCUCACCGCCACAGCCAUCAAGACCUCGUCGCGCAGCUUCGGUCACGGUCUCAACAUGCCAAUAUCAAGAUGCUUGUCGGUUCUCGCCCCGAAAUGGCUUUCCUCAACUUGGUCCUUUGCGAACUUCGGGUCAACCUCCAUGAGCUCACUCGGUGGGACAUUUUGAGGGUUGUGCAAAAUACGUUUAAGCGGCGUUCGUCGUUCGAUGCGACAAGCUCCUUCUACAAGGCUCUUACGGACCAUGUGGUAUGCCGAGCUGAAGGAGUCCUUUUUUAG